GUACGAAAGAGCCUCAUAUUACCGCGCAUGCGCAGUUGCUUCAAAAAGGGACUAGCGUUUCCCUGAAGCACUGUGCACUCACUUGACAGUGAUGGAGACUGGUGACGGAGAGAAGACGGGGGAAUCAGAGCCUGGCCUUCAUACUCAGCGGCUGUGUCGCUUCUUCUCUCAGGGAAGACACUGUAAUUAUGGGAAAAAAUGCAGAUUCCUACAUAUAAGAGAUGAUGACACAGUUAAUGAGAAGAGCAUUGGGACACCCAGUGGGGCAGAUGUCACAACUUCAAACUCAGAGGUCCCUGGAGGAGAUGUUGGGAACAGGCCUCCUCCGACAAUUAACAGCAGAGUCGCCCCUGCAGCUGGCCGUCGCCCGUGUCGCUUCUUCAUCUCAGGGCACUGCAGCAUGGAAGACAGAUGUCGUUUCUGGCAUCCACCACAGUUACCCAGUGUGGACGGCGUGCAUGUUGCAGACCAUAACGCGAGACCUACGCAGAGGAUGCCACCAGUGCCCCGCCCCAGCAUCCUUCAGGAGAUCAAGCUGUGUGACCUCACAGAGGAGGCCUCACAGCAGCUACGAGACACAGAGAUCAAGCAGCUGAAAAAGCGUUUUCCCAAAGAUCAGCUGAUUGUUCAGGAACGAAGUGAUGGAAAAAUAACGUAUUACAGGGCGGCUGUUGAGGCCACUGAUCCAGACUGGCCCUUUGACCUUAAAGAAAUCGACAUCAUGGUGAGCUUCCCAGACAAUUACCCCCAAGAGGUUUUUACGUUAGAUAUCCCAUUGGACCAGGAGCUGCCCUCAGUAAUGGCAAGUUACGUACAGCAAGCGUCCAUGGAGUGGCUUCAAGCCAAACAUGCAACCAAUCAGCUUCUGGGAAAGGUCGAGCUGCUCUUCCGGCCUUUUCUUCGCUGGCUGGAUCGUAGUCUGGAGAGACUGUUCACUGAAGGAGCCCGGCAGUUGAAAAAAGAUAUUGAUUUAGAAAAAUCUGGACUGCAGUUUAUAACGUAUCAGGAGCUACAAGCCACCGUUUGUGAAAAAUCGGGGAAUGAUCCUUCCUCUGACACCACUGAUGCGAAUCCAGACAAUAUGAAUGGUGAAGGGGAAUUGGAAAAUGAAGACGACAAGGGAAGAGUGGAGGGAGUGAAACAAGAGGGUACAGGCAUUGGUGAGGGGCAGCAGCAGGAGGAUGAAGGGGCUAGUCAUCUGGUGGAGAAUAUUAAGAUCAGCGACCCCCGCAGAGGCACAGAGAUGAAGCUGCUGGGACUGAGGCUGGGAGAGAACACAGCCACUUUGGUUGCUCAACAAAUCACCGUUUGCCUUCAAUGUAACAGGUGUAAGGUAACUGCAGACCUGACGCUGACUGGAAGGACACCUUGCGCAGCUCAGUGUGAAAAGUGCAGCGCAAGCAUCAAUGCUGCGUACAGGCCCUGCAUGCUGCACCAUUACAGCGACGUCCUGGGAUACCUGGACCUCCACAAUGCUACACCUGCUGACCUUGUGCUCCAGGAAUGUGACUUCUCUGUGGGCUGCCUCAGCUGCUCCCAGGAGGGUCCUGUGCUGAGUGUUUCCUAUGGCCAAACGAAGGAGUUAAAUUGUGAACACUGCCACAGCAAACUCAGCAUUCUUGCAGAGAGCACAAGAUUUCAGUACAUCCAGCCACGCACCAACAGAACAGGUCCAAGUUCUGGUGCUGUAUAUUAUAAGUCAAUAAGAGAUCCUGCUGUCCAAAAGGGGAAGCCGCUUCCAGAAAAAGGAGUAUGUAAACAUUACAAACAGAGCCACCGCUGGUUGAGGUUUCCCUGCUGUGGCCGGGCUUACCCCUGUGAUGUCUGCCACGACGAGGACCAGGACCAUCCCAUGGAACUGGCCACCCGGAUGAUCUGUGGCUACUGUGCCAAAGAACAGCCUUACGCCAAUGGAAAGCCCUGCGUCAGCUGUGGAAGCAUGAUGACGAGAGGCACACGCACCAGCCACUGGGAGGGAGGACUGGGAUGCAGAAGCAAAGUCAAAAUGAGCAGAAAUGAUCGACACAAAUAUGCAAACACCAACAAAACGAUUUCAAGGAAGGCAGCCGGUGACAAGAAGUAGAAGCGAAGAGGAUUUUUAAAAAAAAAGACAUCAUUUGAUGCAUGAUUUCAGUGAAAUUUUGAAAUAAACCAACAGAUCAUUUUGUAAUGAUUAAUCAGUGUGAUAAGUGUUAAUGUUUUCAUCUGAUAUUUCAAGUCUUGUUGACUUUAGAGGUGGAGAAGUGGAGGACAUGCGAUUUAAAUCGAAGAAUUCGACAGGAAAGACGAUAAUUGGAGAAGAAGGAAGACAUGCAGGUUACUGAAUUAGGACAAAAAGUGUAUUCAAAAUAAACUGGUCAAUGUAAAAAAGAAAAGCAAGACGUCCUGAGUUAUCUUCUAUAAAAGGAGAACAGACAGAGAGACUAAGCGAUUUUCAGCAAGAUGAAAUAAACUGUUGCUUCUAGGUUGAAUACAACUCAGAUUAGAAAACAGAACUGUGUUUCAUAUUUCACUUUUUAAAAAUGAUUCCAAAUAAAUAUAUGACCUUUCA